CAUAUUUACGCGUGGAACGAGUAGCGUGUAGGCGUCACCUGCUUCACCACAAAAAGUACAAAAGCACGUGAUUGGGUUCGCAGCGGAAACCUUGCCAGGCCCUUCAUCAGUGUUCGGAAAAAAGACUGCCCGCAUGCGCGCAUUGCUGAGCAAAAGACAAAUUCGAGAAAAAAAUAUAUAAACCCGAAUGCGCGUCCCACAACUUCUUUCUUCUCUUCAGUGAUCAUCACUGUGAGGAAGCCAUUGUUCAAAAACACUGGCUAGCAGAAGGUCGCCAAUAUGCAAAUUUUUGUGAAAACCCUUACGGGUAAAACUAUCACCUUAGAGGUUGAAUCAAACGAUACAAUUGACAAUGUCAAAGCAAAGAUUCAAGACAAAGAAGGUAUUCCACCAGACCAACAACGUUUAAUCUUUGCUGGUAAGCAAUUGGAAGACGGACGUACUUUGGCUGAUUACAACAUCCAAAAGGAAUCCACUUUGCACUUGGUCUUGCGUCUCCGUGGAGGUGCAAAGAAGCGUAAGAAGAAGCAAUACACCACACCCAAGAAGAUCAAGCACAAGCGUAAGAAGGUUAAGAUGGGUGUCUUGCGUUACUACAAGGUUGACGGUGAUGGAAAGAUUAAGCGUUUGCGUCGUGAAUGCCCUGCUCCCCAAUGCGGUGCUGGUAUCUUCUUGUCUUUGCACGCCAACCGUCAAUACUGCGGAAAGUGCCACUUGACCUACUUGUUCGAGCCUGGAUCAAAGCCUCAAGCUCCUUAAGCGUCUCUUCAACGCUGAACAUUUGACGAUCAUGUCAUCUUGAGUGCUACAGACUCACUCCCUUUGAGAGCAUUUCAUUGAUUUGUUGUACUUGUAUACUUUGCAAUACGAUUUACCAUGUUACUCUCAACUUCUACUU